GGGAGGCUUAGCGGGGGGAGACACACUCACGGCCUAGUCGCCACAUAUUUUCAUGGGAGGAAGCUGUGUCGCUCAAAACGUUCGUAAUCCAAUUUUAUUCGCAUGUGGCACAUUCUGCAGCCUUCGCCAGGCACCGGAGCGUGGCGAGAAUAGUGUGACGAGACCGGUUUGUUUUCAGCUUCGCAUUCGCGAUGGCGACACUGAAUUAGCUCGUUAGCUGGAAUUGCUAACAGCGCACCAUCUUAAAGCAAAAUGCCAGCUGAAACUAUGCAUAUAUUUCGUUUUUUUCAUGCAUGUGCUACUGCGUCUAACCGUCCCGUUGCUCGGAUUUUACUGUCAACGUUGUAGCUGUUGAACGCGCAGACAUUUGGAAGCUAGCAAACGGCUAUUUGGUGAUUUCAUUUAUCCAUUUCACACGUGUUACAUUUCAUCACUAUAACUGUCGUUAAUGUGAUCGAAAGCUUCUCAACAUGUUUCUUGCAUUGGAAUUUCAGACCGGUUUUUGGUUUCCCUAAACGAGUCCGGCCCGGGCCUCAGUCCGCGGCCUCGAGUUUUGACAGUGGCCUGCAGUCAGGACAGCACGUCGGCUUGCAGCUGCCAGACGGACCGGUGACCCCCAACCACUACCAUGGGAGACAGUAGAGGUGGAGGAGAAGUUGGGUGAGAUGGAGAUAGGAGAAGCAAGACAGAAAUCAAAUGAAUGAGGUGGAGGCAGGAAGAAGAGUGAAGAUGAGGCAGUAGAGGUCGUGAAAACAGUUUUGAGAUCAGUGAUCCAGUGUAGGGCGGUGGCGGAUUGCCGCAGCCCGGACAGCUCGUCCGUGUCCUCCCCUCCCUCAGGCCAGCGCUCCCCUCCUCUGGCUGCGUCAGCAGCCACCUCCAUGACCUCACUGCCUCCAAUAACCACGGCUGGCGUCAACAGCCCCAUCAGUAGUAUCGGCUCCCCCUUCUCUGUCAUCAGCUCGUCGCUGGGUUCACCUUGUCUGCCUGGAACCCCGUCGGUGGGCUAUGGCCCCAUUAGCAGCCCGCAGAUUAACUCCACCGUCUCCAUGUCUGGACUUCAUGCCGUGAGCAGCUCAGAUGAUGUGAAACCGCCGCUAGGAUUGAAACAACUCUCCUCUCAUAGUCCAGGACCGAUGCUUUCCCAAAAACGCCUUUGCUCCAUCUGCGGCGACAGAUCCUCUGGAAAGCAUUACGGAGUCUACAGCUGCGAGGGCUGCAAAGGUUUCUUCAAGAGGACGGUUCGGAAAGACUUGACCUACACCUGUAGAGACAAUAAAGACUGUAUGGUGGACAAGAGACAGAGGAACCGCUGUCAGUACUGCCGCUACCAGAAAUGUUUGGCAAUGGGCAUGAAGAGAGAAGUGGCCAAGAUGAACGACAGAUCUGUCCAGGAGGAGAGGCAGAGGAACAAGGAGCGCGAAGGUGAGGUGGAGUCCACCAGUGCAGUUAAUGAGGAGAUGCCCGUGGAAAAGAUUUUGGACGCUGAGAUGGCAGUGGAGCAGAAGACAGAGCUCCAUGCGGACGGAAGUUCGGGUGGAAGCUCUGUAAGUGGGGAGCCCAACGACCCAGUUACCAACAUCUGUCAGGCCGCUGACAAGCAGCUCUUCACUCUGGUGGAGUGGGCCAAGAGGAUCCCCCAUUUCUCAGAGCUGCCGCUGGACGACCAGGUCAUCCUGUUGCGUGCAGGAUGGAAUGAACUCCUUAUUGCCUCCUUCUCCCAUCGCUCCAUCUCUGUCAAGGAUGGGAUCCUACUGGCCACUGGCCUUCACGUCCACAGGAACAGUGCACACAGCGCUGGAGUUGGGGCAAUCUUUGACAGGGCUCACAAUGCUGAGGUUGGGGCACUUUUUGACAGAGUUCUGACCGAGCUGGUGAGCAAGAUGAGAGACAUGCAGAUGGACAAGACAGAGCUGGGCUGCCUCAGAGCCAUCAUUCUUUUCAACCCAGAUGCCAAGGGUUUGUCCAACCCCAGUGAGGUGGAGCUCCUGAGAGAAAGAGUUUAUGCCUCUCUGGAGACUUACUGCAAGCAGAAGUACCCGGAUCAGCAGGGCAGCUCCAGGUUUGCGAAACUCCUGCUCCGCCUGCCAGCGCUGCGCUCCAUCGGCCUGAAGUGCUUGGAGCACCUGUUCUUCUUUAAAUUGAUCGGGGACACGCCCAUCGACACCUUCUUGAUGGAGAUGCUGGAGGCGCCGCACCAGCUCACCUAGAGAGGACGACUCACCUGCCACACAGCGUUGAGGACAUUGGCGCUUGUCUCUGGGCUGUUUGCUGCAGCAUCUGCUGGUUUGAAACCCACCAGCACACACAUUUACAAACACACAGCGUGCAAACACCCACUGUUACAAGCCGACCCAAACUUGAAUCAAAUAAUGUUGAAAAAAAAAACAAACAAACACACAUGCUUUAUUCUUCCUGUAGUUCUCCUCCAUUCAGGAUCAAGCUCAUGAAAUGUUUCUUUCAUACAUCAAUGAUAAAUGUCUUAAUUUAAGUUCUAUUUAUCAUCUCAGAGUGUCUCCUGCAUUUGAAUCACUGGCUUCCAAGAUGUUUCCCUUUGGUAGAAGAGUUUAGCCACACCUCCUUGUCCAACUUUCAUUCUCUCAUUUUAACUUGGAAUCAGGUGCAUAGCAUUUCAACUACACACCCUGGAGGAGUCCUAUCAUGGUCUGGUAGACGCAGUGAAGUCGACCAAUCUUUAUCCUUAAUGCUUUUUAUUUGAAUAUUCAUGCUGAAACGUUUUUUGAAUCUCUAUCCUGAAGUACUGUACUCAUGUAAUGAGAGCUCUUUCCACGGCAUUGAAAUCCAGGAAAAGGGUCUGGGAGCACUUUGUCGAACUUCCCGCCCUGAUGUGCACAGUGGGCUUUGUAAGACUUGAAUAUUUUGUUUUUGAAUUCUCUGCGUCGGCAGUUGGUAGACAUUUCGAGCAGCUUGAGUCAGUUCAAAAUCUUUUUUUUUUUUUUUUUUUAACCUUCCGAAAUUUCCCCCUUUUCCGGUGGUCAAUCAUGCACUUUUGUGAGUCGUAGCUGCGCUAAUAUUUCCUUCAAAAGACCUUUGUUGGAACACUACUGCGUGUAGGAUUUUCUCAGCAAAAGAUGAAGUGUUACAAAAGCGCAUUGCAUACAGACAGAAGGAGUCAACACACGGCGCGACUCCUUUUGUGUGUACUUGUUCUGAGCCACAUGGGUCAAGCUGCUACUGUAGUGGUACAACUGUUUAGCCGCAUACUUCAUCCUCUCAUAUUGACAGGAAACAAUGCUUUAACUCUGAACUUGGCAAGCUUCUGGUAUUACCAAGCUUUAGAUCUUUUAUAUCCAGAAGUAGACAGAGAAAUUUCUUUCUUCCCUUUCAGUUGCACCUCUGUCUGUAUUCUCACUAGAAGAGUCAGCAUUCAUUUCAAAAUGAAAUUGAAUAAUGUUGUUAAAUAUAUCGCCAUUUAGCCCCAAGAAUAAAUCGCUGUUCAAAUUUAUUCAACUCUUCUACACACAUUUCAGCUCCAUCGUUUUAAGUAUUGCUUUAAAACAUAUAAUAUAUCAGGUGUUUUGAACCAUCCAUCGUGCCAAAUAGUUUUGGGGUUGUCAAACUCUAUCCUCAUAGCGGAAGAUUAUAAACCCAGUCCAACUCGUGGGCCAAACACUGUCCGUAUUUAUUCAUGAGUUUUAACAGUAAGUUAAACAAAAUGCGCUCAAAAAUUGUAACGUUUUUCACCUCUGGCCCAUGACACUCUGCGUAUAUCACCUUCAUAAGUAGUGGGUGACCUAGUUUUUGUCGAACUUUCAGUUGGUAUUGGAUAUAGUUCUCAGCCUCCCAUUGAUAUUAAAAGCGCUUCCAGGCCACAAAGAAGUACUGGACGGGCCAAAUUUGACCCCUGGGUUUUGAGUUUAACGUGUGUUGAGAGGACAAUCGGCGUUCAUGGGAAGACCCAAAGUGUUACGGCUGUAUGCAGUGUUUUGUUCCACCAGUGUGGCAAUGCAAUAAUUGAUUCAUUUUUCCGAUGAUGAAAAUCCUACACGUAGUACCUGCAGCUUUCGUCUGUUUUUUUUUUGUAAUUUGCCCACAAGUUUCAAUCUUCUAUUCAGAGUGUCAAAGGUCAUAACACCGGUACACACACCGCUGGUGUGUGCUACUGUUGUCGUGCUGAUCACCCCUCUCUGCUACAUUUGCACCGACGUAUGCCAAUGUCUCCUGCUGUUCCCGCUCACUGAUCAGAUCAAUGUGAUUGAUGCUCACGGGCAACUGAAACUGAGCCGCCACCGUCAUGUAGUCGUACCAUCUACAGGUGCUCACAGUUGAGCCCCACAAUUGAACUUUGUCAAUUAUCAAUUAGAAAGCUUCCAGUAUCUUUUGACAGGGAAAUGGUACUUAUGAUUUACCUGGUGCUAAAUAACUGUGGUCAGUCGGAUCAACACUUGACAUCGAUGCAACGCACAUUAUGCAAGUACAGCGCGAUGUUACAUUCAGCUCGAGAUGCAGGUGUUUGGUUGGUGAAGUCCCCAACGGGAGCCAGAGGAAUUGAAUGUGUUUUCAGGGGCUUCAUCCACAAUCCUCAACAAACGUCUGACCCAUUUCUGUCAUGUGAUUUUGAAAAAUGUUUUCUGGAGACGUCAAAACAGCGUCAUCUCAGUCAUGAUUGCUGCGAGUGAGAAAAAAAAAUAAAUCUAAAAUCACACAAGCAGGUUCGACAGGAAGAGACGACGAACAUAGAUAAGUAUCGAUAGAUGUGAAGAUGCUGAUCCAAAUCAAACCCCUCAUCUGAACACUUAGAUAAAAGGUCUCUUGGUGGACGAAAUUGUCUGAAAAUGUAUUGUAGAAAAUCUGGUGCUAACGUCGAUGGCAUUUGAAUUUUCGCAUCUUGCCAUUUUGGCCAGAUGGAGCUUCCUGCUGUGCAGUUAGUCUAGAACCGUCUUCUCAGAGAGGAUGGUAGGCCUUUCCCAUGAAAUGUGGAGUCGGCAGCUUAACAACCUGUGUGACAGGAUUUGUUUUUCAUUCAGGCCCCGCCCACCCUGCGUUUCUAUAGAUCAAAUCUUGUCGCCUUUAGCCCUGUGUAUCUCAAUUCUAUGGAGGAUGUGGAUGAAAAGCAUCAAAGGCGUUGUGCGUUUGGGGUUCUGCGAUUCGAUUGGCCGAUCUGAAUUAGCCUUCAGCUGACCUUUUCUAUUGCGAUUCAAAUGACGUGUGAUUUUUGUGAUUUGUUUCAAGUGAUGGCGUCUUAGACUUCAUUUUUUCUGAGCUUCCUCUCUUGAACCGUGAAGCCUGUAGCAGAUGCUUACUGUUGAGUGGCGCACAAAUGUAAUCUUAAAGAAAAUCUUGCUAAGAGGAUGUGGUUAAAAUAUGCAACUUGUUUAUUCAAAGUCUGAUAAAAAAAAAAAGGUUGUUCUUUAUUAUGCACAGUCCUGUCGAAAGCAUGACAAGCACAUCCAGGAAACUUUGUUUUUAUUAGGGUCUUGCAAUUCUAUAAUUUACCUGAUUUUAUAUAUAGCAAGGCAUGUCAACAUUAUACUGCAGUAUCUUUGUGAUUAUGAAAUUUAACUUCAUUUUGUCUCAUGCUUGACUCUACGAACUUUGUGGUGCUGGAACUGUUUGACUUUUCACUGUUAUCCCUGUAGUUUUGGAGUGGACUUUGGACAGAAAGAUGGUGCAGUAUUAGAUUUCAGUCUAUCACGCUUGUUAGGAUGGAAACCCAUCGUACUGUAGCAAAUGAAAGAGACGCUUUGGGCACCAAGUGUGCUCCCCUCGGUGAAGGUAGUUGCCCAUUUGUGAUGGCAAAUCUGUUGAUGAGUUUUUCUACAUCUAGAAAAUGGCCAUCAACUUGAGGUUCAUUUCAGCCUUGAGGCUCUUUGUCCGUCUCAACAUACCUGCGGAAGCUUUUAUCGUUUUAACUUGCAGAUUUCUGAACGUCGAUUGCCGCUUUGUGUCGACGCUUUGAGAACAAUUGCUGUGUUGAUAUUCUUGAGGUUUUAUUAAGGUUCGAUUUGUGUUACAGCCCUGUUCAAAUACUGGGUUGGGUGCUUGUGCCAUGAAACUCCAUGAACGAUUGCCCCAUAGAGUACCAGGUCCACUAGACCGACUUGAUGGCGCAUGUGUGUCAAACUCACGCAAGGUGCAGUCAAUACCUGGCGCUCUUUUAGCCGGACAAAAAUGAAUAAACGGUGGAUUGCCCUCUAUGUGUCGAAAGGGAGUAUUAUCCCUAAGUGGAGAAGUUUAAGUAUCUUGUUUGCGAGUGACUCAAGGCAGAGUCGGACACUGUACCAGUCUGUUUUGGUGAAGACAGAGCUGAGCCAGAAGGCAAGGGCAUCUAUGAUUCCAACCCUCAUCUGUGGUCACAAGCUUUAGUAAUGACCAAAAGGAUAAGACUGCCGAUACAAGUGGCCGGGAUCAGCAGGGUUUUUGUGCUGAGCCUGGGGAAUAGGGUCAGGAGCUAUGACAACCAGGUGAAGCUCAAAGUGGAACCGCUGCGCCUCUGCAUUAGGAGGAGCCAGAUGAGGUGGUUCAGGCAUCUGGUACGGCUGCAUCCCACACGUCUCCCUGUUGAGGUGUUUUGUAGUGUUGGUCUGAGAGGAGGCCACGGGUCAGGCCCGAGACGCAGUGGAGAGAUUAUAUCUCCCAGCUGGCAUGGGAAUGCCCCGGGACGUUGCUGAGUCGAGGGGUGUCUGGGCUUCCCUGUUGAGACUGUCCCUAACUUGAAUAAGUGGCAAAAAAUUGAUGGAACGAGUAUAUAGAAUCUCUACAUCUUCUUUCGACUCUGCUUUCUGUCGUUCAUAGAAUUUCCUUCCAUCCGCUUCCUUUUUUUGGCUUGGCUUACAAAUGAAUUUCUGACAUUUAAGAGCUUUAGUUGCUAUAAAACAACUGUCUUGCGGCAUGCAUGAUCAGUGUUGUCAUAAUGGGUCAUGACCUUUACUUUUUUGGGGAUUCUUUAAAUCAAUAGUAGAUUUGAUUUGGUGCUGGAUGUAUGCCUUUAUAGUGCUUGCGGGCCUCAUCACAAGCCUCGCUUGACCAGAUUUGGCCCCCUGGCCUUGAGUUUGACACAUGCCCCAGGUGCUCACUCUAUUGCGCCAUCAACCACGCUGGCCCAGAUUAAAGCUAACUAGAUUUUCCCAAACUACCGCGUAGAGCUCAAAGUCUCUCGGAUGGUUGCAGUUAGCCGCUGAAGUUGAGGUUUCCUUUCAUCUGUCCUUUUGGUCUUCCAGUCGUUUUGUCGUCGGACUGUGGUCAUUCAAGGCUUGGAUAAGCAUUAGCGCUUUUGCACAUUGUCAUAUAUGUAUAUCAUUAAGUCAGUCUGGGAAACGUUUGGCGUCUUAACCCUUGGUUUCUAGUGGCCGUUCAUCCCGAGUGGAUCUUACUUUACACCAAGUGCGGCGUCCGUGUCUGUUACUGGGGUUUUCCGCUCAUUAGGUUGAUCUUUAUUUAAGGAGGGUUGCGCAGCAUCCUGAUCGCUUCUUUCCUCUCGAGCUUGAGUUUAGUCCUUCAGCAGGCAAAAGCUGUUGCAGGGAAAUGCACACUGUGGCUGGUGACCCUUGAAAAGCUCCCAAACCAUCACGUGUUGGACAAACCUUUGUUUACUUGAGAAAAGCUUCCGCUGUUGAGGCGACACCCACCGACUCUUUUGACACUAAGUUGCCAUCGUUGUUCCUCAUCUGUUGGGUUUUGCUUGAUUCUAAACAGUCAUGAGUUUGUUUGAUAACCAGCUCAAUCCUGUCUCACACACCACCGCACUUAACCCACCAAUCACUGCCAGCCAUCAUGUAUAUAAGUCCAGGGUUUCCAGUCUGUCGGCCUUCAAUGUGCUGUGUUUAAGACGAUCCUGAUUUAGACUUGACCUGCAGAGAAACAAAGGGUCGACCAGCUUCUGGCCCGUUCUUGGUCUUUGAGCUGUACAUUGGUGCUUCUUGUGGUGUCGGCCGCGCAGCAACAACAUUAUGACCACUGGCCGGUCAGGCUCGCAACAGUAUGGACCCGAAAAUAUCAGCACGUAUUAUCAACUGAGGAAUUCACUUUGACUGAGUGACACUGUCCAGCCACAAUUGUUUGUAGAGAACAAAAGGGGGCGCUACAAUUUCUUUAAAGUUUCACCCUGUGCUGUGUCUGCAGAAAAACUGCUUGAAACUUUGUGGGAUGAAAUCAGUCAUGAAGACAGGUACUUGAAGACCAGGCGUGUCAAGAAGAAAACCUAAAGUUACUCUUUUCUUAUUCACUUCCCUGUCACUUCCUCUCAAACUAUGCUACUCAUCUGCUAUUUUUACAAAGUUUUAAACCAAUAUGAAAACUUGUAAAAUUCAAUUUGAGUCUUUCACUUUUUUUUUCUUUGAUCUCAUCUGUCUGUUGUCAAGUUUGUAUCUCGCUCAAUCGUUCACAUGAAGGCGGUUGACUUGUGUGAAUUGGAGAUUGAAAGAAAACAAAUUGGAAUUAUUUUAUAUUUUCAGUGAUUAAUUCUGAAUGUGUUUCUGUUUGUUGUAUCUUGUCCGAGUAAAGGUUUUAAUACUGUA